AUGGCUGCCAAAUCAAAUCCAAUAUCAACGCCAAUGAUACACGCCUUUGUUUUCGCACUGAGCCUGUUUGUGUUACAAUCCGAGUCGGCGCCUCAGGCUUUUCGGAGAGAUCCAGGUCACCCUCAGUGGCACCACAGUGCCUUCCACGACGUCCGAGAUGGCGUUCGAUCCGAUGUUCGCCGCAUGCUCCAUUCUCGCGCUGAGGUUCCGUUCCAGGUUCCGCUCGAAGUGAAUGUGGUGCUUAUUGGUUUCAAUGCUGAUGGAGGCUAUAGGUACUCGGUCGAUGCGCACAAAUUGGAAGAGUUUCUGAAAAUCAGCUUCCCAUUGCAUAGGCCUUCCUGCCUGGAGACAGGACAGCCUCUCGACAUCGAGCAUCAAAUUGUCUAUAAUGCCUUUCCCGCCGGGCAGCCAGAACUAAUAGCUCUUGAGAAGGCACUGAAAGAGGCUAUGGUUCCUGCAGGAAAUGCAAGAGAGGCUGAUUUUGGAAGGGAAGUACCUCUGUUUGAAGUGGAUGCAACUGUAGUGGAGCCUGUAUUUCAGAGGUUAUAUUCCUACAUAUUUGACACAGAGAGUGCUGCUUAUUCCACUGCUGAUGAUAUGGAUCGGCAAGUUCCAAGUGCAAUAUUUAUAGUCAAUUUUGAUAAGGUCAGGAUGGAUCCGAGGAAUAAGGACAUUAAUCUUGACAGCUUAAUGUAUGGCAAACUUACACAGCUCACUGAGGAAGAUAUGAAAAAACAAGAGGGAGACUACAUUUAUCGCUAUCGAUACAAUGGAGGCGGUGCAUCUCAAGUUUGGCUUGGCUCUGGCAGAUUUGUUGUGAUUGAUCUCUCAGCAGGCCCAUGCACAUAUGGAAAGAUUGAAACUGAAGAGGGAACUGUCAGUUCCAGGACAUUGCCACGACUUAAGAAUGUGGUGUUUCCAAGAGGUUUCGGUGCAGCUAGUGAUCAUCCUACACAUGAUGUAUUUGUUGGACAACUUGCCUCUUUAGUAUCAACCACAGUCGAGCAUGUUAUAGCUCCAGAUGUUAGAUUUGAAACUGUUGACCUGACAACAAGGCUGCUUUUACCAAUAAUUGUCCUCCAAAAUCAUAAUCGCUACAACAUUAUAGAUAAAGGCCACAACUACAGUAUAAAUAUUGAAGCAAUUGAGGCAGAGGUGAAGAAAAUGGUUCAUGCUGGGCAAGAAGUUGUGAUUGUUGGGGGUUCACAUUCGUUACAUCGCCAUGAGAAGUUGUCAAUUGCUGUUUCAAAAGCUAUGAGAAGCCAUUCCCUGCAAGAAACUAAGAAUGAUGGGCGCUUCCAUGUUCAUACCAAGACAUAUCUGGAUGGAGCUAUUCUUAAAGAAGAGAUGGAACGUUCUGCUGAUGUGCUUGCUGCUGGUUUGCUUGAGGUGGCUGACCCAAAUCUUUCAAGUAAAUUUUUCCUCCGCCAGCAUUGGGCAGAUGAAUCCGAGGCUUCAAGUGAUUCUAUUCUAAAGCAUAAACCUCUUUGUUUUGUGCUAUCAUUGGCUGAUGUGGAUCCACACCUUAUGAUGGAAGACGAAAGUCUUGUAUGGACAAGCAAGGAUGUAGUGAUUGUACUUGAGCAUCAAAAUGAAAAGAUACCUCUUAGUUAUGUUUCAGAAACUCAGAGAAGGCAUGCCUUUCCAUCUCAGGCACAGCGCCAUAUAUUGGCAGGACUUGCUUCCGCUGUUGGCGGGUUGAGUGCACCAUAUGAAAAGGCUUCUCAUGUACAUGAAAGGUCAGUUGUGAAUUGGCUUUGGGCAGCUGGUUGUCAUCCAUUUGGACCGUUCUCUAAUACUUCUCAAGUCAGUCAAAUGCUUCAAGAUGUUGCAUUGAGGAACACAAUAUAUGCACGUGUAGAUUCUGCUCUCCACAGAAUUCGUGAGACGUCAGAGGCUGUACAAACUUUUGCAGCACAGUAUCUAAAAACUCCGCUUGGUGAACCAGUGAAGGGAAAGAGGAACAAAACAACCACUGAACUAUGGGUGGAGAAGUUCUACAAAAAGACAACUAACUUGCCUGAACCAUUCCCACACGAAUUAGUUGAUAGAUUGGAGAACUACUUGGAUAAACUUGAGGAACAGCUUGUAGAUUUGUCUUCAUCGUUAUACGGUCAUCGCUUACAAGAUGCACAUUUGAACAGUUCAGAAAUUCUCCAGAGUUCCAUAUUUACCCAGCAGUACGUAGACCAUGUUCUGGCCAAUGAGAGGGACAAGAUGAAAUGCUGCGACAUUGAGUACAAAUAUCCUGUGCAGGCAUCUCAAACUUAUAUCUAUGGGGGGAUUCUUAUUGCUGGAUUCGUUGUAUAUUUUGUUGUCAUUUUCUUUUCAUCUCCCGUGCGCUGA